AUGUGUGUAUGCAGGCUUGGUCUAUCUUCGAUUAUUGACCUUUCUUCGGAAUUUGCUGGUGGCAUGCAUAAAUGGUUUGGAAAAGAAUGGAUAGUUCUUAAAGAAAAGGUGUUAUCACAAGUGAACAUCACAACAAAACAAUUUGAUAAGGAGAUUAAAAAUGACAUUAACAGAAUAGAGAAAUUUUGCAUUUCAUAUCAGUACUGGGAAAGCAGGGAUUAUGUUCUUGAGAAGUUGAAAGGGCAUUCAGAUAAAAUCAUGCAUCAACAGAUAAUGAGAAUUUAUUUUUUUGUGGGUGAGACUGUCUCUAGGGUAGCAUUAGCUAGAAAGAUUGAUUUACAAAUCAUAUAUAGAUCAGGUAAUAAAGAACUGAGUCAUUCAGAAGCUGCUCGAUCAACAACACCAAAUAAAGUAAUUAAGGAUCGUAGUAAAUGUAUGCGAACAAAUAAAUGUAUUCUUGACCAGUAUUUGAUGCAUGAUCUUUCAAAAGAAGCAGUUGAUGAUUCUGCUGUUUUAGGAUUACAAUUAGCUGCUCUCCAUGGUCAAAUCAUUGGUAUUGAUUUAGUAGAUAAUGGCCUAUAUUUUGGAUUUGAGGGUCCUGCAUUUAGGUUCCCUGCUAAACUUGAUGAUAUUACAACUUUGGAGAAAACUUUGGAGGCGUUAUAUUUAUUUAAGGAUAAUAUAAACCGUAAAGCAGAUGUAUUAUUUAAACUUGACAAUGAUAAUUUAAAUCCAUUUCAUGGAAUCUUUCAUACUGAGAAUACUUCAACACCAAAUCAUCACAAGGCCAGUUUUAUCAAACCAACAUGUUUCACCCCAACGAAACCAAAACAAACGGUUGUUGAAGAAAUAAAGACAUUGCAGUCUGUUAAUUUAGAAUUCUGCUAA